AGAAUACGCAUGCUGUAGCGUUGAGCGGGUUAUUUACAGUCUAUGGUUAUUUCGCGGGAACUGAUCUAGAAAAGGACCGAACUCAGUGUCACCUGGAAAUAUUGCUUAAAAUUUGGUUUGAUACAAUAACAAGUGAAGCCGAACUUCGCCUAUUAGAAGGACAGCCAUGUUCUCCGACGUAAGCGUCCAGAAGCAGGGCUCCAGUCUGCUGUGUCGCCCUGCCUCCGAGGAGCAGGGGCCGGUGUUUGAGAGGACGUCACCGGCCUACAGUCCCUGCAUUGAGCGCUUCAAAGUGGGGGAGCGGAGCUUCAGUCGGCAGUAUGCUCAUAUUUACGCAGCAAGGUUGAUGCAGAUGAGGCCCUUGUUGUCAGAGAGAGCCCAGCAGAAGUGGGGAUCGGAUGUGCUUAUCAGGAAGCUGUGUGAUCUUCAGACAGGGGAGCAGUGUUGCAUUGUGGGAACCUUGUUCAAGCGUAUGGAGCUGCAGCCAUCUAUCCUAAGAGAGAUCAGUGACGAGCACAACCUUCUGCCUCAGCCUGCACGAGCCAAAUACAUCAGUGAAACAGAUGAGCUGAUUCUGGAGGAUGAACUACAGAGAAUCAAACUGGAGGGCAAAAUUGACAGAGACAAGUGUGUCACAGGUAGUGUUAUUGCGAUAUAUGGAGCAGAGAGGAAUGAUGGGAAGUUUACAGUUGAGGACUUUUGCAUGGCUGAUCUUCCUCCACAGACACCAAGGCCGGUGCUCAGCUCUGACAGGUUUGUGCUUCUGGCUUCUGGACUCGGUCUUGGUAGUAGUCACGCUGACAGCAUGCUGGGACUACAGUUGCUAGUUGACAUGGUAACAGGUCAGCUUGGUGACCAGGGGGAGCAGAGCGGGGCAGCGACAAUCUCCAGAGUCCUAUUGGCUGGAAACCUUCUGAGCCAGAAUACCCAGGACAAAGAUGCAUCAACAAAGGCAAAGUACCUCACCAAGAAGACUCAGGCGGGCAGUGUGGAUGCGAUGCGUCUGCUGGAUGAGCUGCUGAUGCAGUUGGUGGCCUCAGUUCCAGUGGAUGUUAUGCCGGGCCAGUACGACCCCACCAACUACACCCUCCCACAGCAGCCUCUCCAUCGCUGCAUGUUCCCCCUGUCCUCCGUGUAUCCCACGCUACAGUUAGCCUUCAAUCCACACCAGGCCAAUGUUGAUGGAGUCAGGUUUCUGGGCACGUCAGGCCAGAAUGUGAGUGACAUCCAGAGGUACAGCAGCAGAGACAGUCACCUGGAGAUACUGGAGGAAACGCUGCGACUGAGACACCUGGCCCCUACUGCACCUGAUACUCUAGGCUGUUACCCAUUUUACCUAAAAGACCCUUUCAUCUUGGAAGAGUGUCCCCAUGUUUACUUCAGCGGCAACGCCCCAACCUUUGAGUCCAAGCUCAUUAAAGGUCCUGAUGACCAGGAAGUUCUUCUGGUUACUGUUCCAGAGUUUAGCAGCACCCAAACAGCAUGCCUGGUCAAUUUACGCACUCUUGAAUGUGAGCAGGUCAGCUUCUCUGCAUUCGCGGCUGACGAGGAUGAGGAAAGUGAGAUGAACAUCAGCCACUGAGGUGUCACGACCUCAAACAUUACGACAUGCUGACACUUCUUGGACACUCCUGAGAUAUUACAAAUGAUUUUGUCUCUCUUCUGAUUGGAGACUGUAAAAAAAAUCAUGAAGGUCAUUUGAUUAUGUUAAUGAGGAAAGAGAAGACAAGCAUUGUGUAUG